AUGGCAGAUCAAGAACCACAAAAAGCAUCAGAUGUGGAUAUCGAGAUCAUCGACAACGAACAGGACUUCACCACUGCUUUCGCCGUAAUCUCAGCAUGCUUUGGCCACCAAACCAAUGAUGCUUUCUGGCAAGCCAUGAAUCCUGGUUGGGAUACGCCUGACGGUGCGGCUGCAGGAACGAAUCGUAUGGUCAAACGCUGGCUAUCCACCACCAAGAACAAUUCUGGAGAACCGAACACAGUGCAUCUCAAAGCCACCGUAUCGAACCCCAACAACCUAGGGAAGCGCAUUAUGGCUGGGGUAGCCAUCUGGGCGCAGUUCUCCAUGGUUGAGGGGAUAGGAGACAAGCAAUCGACUGAUGUCGAUACAGCACUUGAUCUCGAGGAACUAUAUCCAGGCAAUGAGACCGAGCAAAGGUUUCUUCGUCAAGGCUUUACAUCCUUCAUGAGUCACCGUGUGAGAACACUGGAGGAGAAAGCCACUACCUCAUCACCUGCAACCUUCAGUCUGGACAUGUGUGUCGUGCAUCCGGAUUUCCAAAGAAGGGGAAUUGCCAACAAGUUGGUGGAGUGGGGAUUGGAAGAAGCCAAAAGAAGAGGGGGAUUGGAGUCGACGACCGAAGGAUCUGCUAUGGGUAGAUCUGUGUACAAGAGGUUAGGGUUCAAGCCUGUNGGGGAGGUAGUGUAUGAUAUGGACCCAGAGUUCGAGGCCCGCGGUUUGCCUUCGAACAUGUUCAUGCGUACUGGCAUGAGCACUUGA